AUGAAAUUCCAUGGUCCGACUGGGGUUGCGGUGGUCUACCUCUCCGUCUUCAUCGACAUGUUCGGCGGACUGAUGGCGGUCCCUGUCAUGCCUUUCAUCAUCAAAGAGAACCUUGGCUGCCUCGGCGCCAAGGACACUUCCGAUGCCUCUGCGCGGGAUUUGUUUCCGCCGCCCUCGCCUGCCGCGUGCAUCCCUUCCGCUGAGGAGGACGGCAUCGAGACGCGCGACGUCGGGCCGGAGGAAGAUAGCUGCGGGGACGAUGCCCCCAGAGUAUUGGCCGCCGCUUCUGCGCUGUACCAGUUUGCUUCCAUCUUCUCGACACCGGCGAUGACAAAGCUGAGCGACAAGUAUGGACGGCGGCCCUUCUUUAUGGUCGGCUUCCUAGGCUCCUGCCUCGGCUUUUUUGUCAUCGGCUUCUCUGGCUCCAACACCGGCCUGCUCGCCGGCCGCUUCAUCGGAGGGCUCUUCUCCGCCUCCCCGCCUCUCGCGCAAGCCUACAUCUCCGACGCCUUCCCGCCUGACAAGUCGCCUCUCUACCGCGCGCGGCUCGGCUCCGCGGCUCUCAUCUUUGGGCCCGGUUUUGGCGGCGGCCUCUCGCAGUUUGGCAACGCGUUCCCCUUCUACGUUGCGUCCGGCUUGGCCAUGUGUGGCUUCCUGCUCGGUCUCUUCUACCUGGACGAGCCUCCAAGAAGCGAAAAGAAGACCGACGACAAGGGCCCCGCCGACGGCGGGCGCGCCACCUCGGAGCUGGCGCAGGCCAAGGCGCCCAUCAUCCGCUGGCUCUUCGCGGCGGGCUUCCUCGUCAAUUUCGGGUUCCGCGUCUUCAUGAUGAUGUUUGGUCUGUGGCUCUUCGACAAGGCGCGCGCCCCAGACCCGACCAUAGGAGCGGCUCAGCUCUGGAGGCAGUUUGGAUGGGGCGCGGGCGAGUUUGGAUUUAUCACCUCAGUCACCGGCUCAAUUGGCAUCUUUGCCAACCUCGCGCUUUUCGCCAAGCUGGCACAAAAGUACGGCAAGCACCAGGUGGCAAUCCUGGGCGCGACGAUGGCGAGCGCGGGCUGGGCGAUCUGCCUCCUCUCCCGCACAUCGGGCCCAUGCGAUGGCAGGUUCACGCUCGACGGCGGUAUGGUCUUUAUCAUGGGCAUGUCAAUCGGACAUGCGAUCGGCUUCACCUUUUACAACACGGGCUUUACGACGCUGCUCUCACUUUACGCGGACAAGAACUCACAGGGAGCGGUGCAGGGAACGUCUUCCUCCAUCCAGGCGAUCGCCGGCUUCAUGGGCCCAAUCGUCGGAGCCUGGCUGUACACGCAGUGGAAGUGGGAGCUACUGCCCAUCUUCCCCUCCUGCGGCGAGCUAGCUUUGCCGGGCGCCGCAGUCGACGAGCCGGCCGGGGCAGCCCUCGCUGAGCCCGAGGAGGACGAGAAGACCGUCUCGCAGAAGGGUCUCGCGCCACUGCCACUGACGGCGAGCGAGCGCGAGGAGCUCGAGGCGCUCCGAAAGAGGGUCAAGGAGCUGGAGCGGGUGCUGGGCGGCGUGGCGGACGACCUGAUGCUCUCGCCCGAGCAGAUUCAGGCGCUCGACCUGAGUCAGUGCCGCCACAGCCGCCGCGUCGCGCAGGACCCGAGGCUGACGUUGCACUGA